UCUGUUUCGUUCCUGUUGUGGCGGGAAUGCGCGCUAGUCUCAGGCAACAUGGAUGUUGAAAUGAAAGAGGCGGACGGUGAGCAAAGUCAAGCUGACAGACCGCCUAAAAAGGAUGAUGCUGCACCAAAAUCCUCAUCGAAUGCUUAUGAACUACCAUGGGUUGAAAAAUACAGACCUCUGAAGCUGAAUGAAAUAGUUGGAAAUGAAGAAACUGUCAGCAGACUGGAGGUGUUUGCAAGAGAAGGAAAUGUGCCCAACAUAAUCAUUGCUGGUCCUCCUGGCACUGGAAAAACGACCAGCAUUUUGUGUUUGGCUCGAGCUCUUCUUGGUCCAGCUAUGAAGGAUGCUGUGCUCGAGCUGAACGCCUCAAACGACCGUGGAAUUGAUGUUGUGAGAAACAAAAUCAAAAUGUUUGCCCAGCAAAAGGUCACCCUCCCUAAAGGUCGCCACAAGAUCAUAAUCUUGGAUGAGGCUGACAGCAUGACGGAUGGAGCCCAGCAGGCUCUCAGAAGAACCAUGGAGAUCUACUCCAAAACCACACGCUUUGCUCUGGCAUGUAAUGCGUCGGAUAAGAUCAUAGAGCCCAUCCAGUCCCGCUGCGCAGUGCUGCGUUACAGCAAACUCCGAGACGACCAGAUCAUGAUGCGCCUGACGGAGGUGGUAGAGAAGGAGAGCUUGCAUGUGACCAACGACGGCCUUGAGGCCAUCAUCUUCACCGCCCAAGGAGACAUGCGACAGGCUCUGAAUAACUUGCAAUCAACAAAUUCUGGAUUUGGUUACAUCAACAGUGAAAAUGUGUUCAAGGUGUGUGAUGAGCCACAUCCUCUGCUGGUUAAAAGCAUGCUGGAACACUGUGUCAAUGCCAACAUCGAUGAAGCCUACAAGAUCAUUGAGCAGCUUUGGUCUCUCGGAUACUCACCGGAGGACAUCAUAGGAAACAUCUUUAGAGUGUGUAAGACCUUUCAGAUGGCAGAGUAUUUGAAGCUGGAAUAUAUCAAGGAGAUUGGCUACACGCAUAUGAAAGUGGCAGAAGGAGUGAACUCUCUGUUACAGAUGGCAGGGCUCUUGGGUCGCCUGUGCAGCAAGACGGCUGCGCCUGACGCAAGCUAAAGAUAAGAGAUCAUCACAUGCUCAUACUUCAGCCUCAUUGUUCCUAAUCUCCAGAACAAGUAGCAAUACUAAUAACUGAAUAUAUGACAAAUUGCAGUAAUAAAAUGUUUUUUUGUGAGUGAU